AAACGUUUGUAUAAAGAUGUUAUUUUUGUACUGCAUCGAACCUCCUCCUGCAUGUCGGCAAUAAAACUUGGUACUGGAGAGCCAGGCGCUCAGCGAGCCCCGGGGGGCAGGGGGGGAGCGGUGCCCCAUCGCCGUGCGCUGCCCCAGGCCUCCCAGUGCCCCCAGUGCAUGUGGGGCUGGGGGGCACACAGCUGUGGGUCAGCUCGGGGCUGGUGUGCAGGGAGGAGCAGGGGGUGAGCGCGGUGGCUGCGAAGCAGAAUGGUGACGGCAGAAGCAGAGCAGGGGAACCCUGGGGCACGGGGCAGCGCUGCAGCCGGAGUUUGUGCAUGGAGGAUCCUGUGCAGCUCAGCACGGCGGUGAUGUGCAGCCAAAGUGCAGAGGCUCCGCUGCUGCUGCCGCCCCGGUGAGUACAGCGUGGGGACGUGGGCUGAUGGGGAACCCCUGUGUCUGCCCACCCCCAGGGUAACGUGUCUGUGAUGUCCCCUGCCCAGGGAGAGCAGCACUGAGGGAGUGAGGACGUAGGGCUCCGUGCUUGGGGACGCGGGGUUCAGUGCUUGGGGCUACAACUCAGUGUUCGGAGAUGCAAAGCUUGGGGAUGCAGACCGUGGGGACACGGGGCGGCUGAAGGCGCAGUGCUCGCAUCCAGCGGGGGUGGUGCUUGGUGCUUGCCCGGGGAUGCAGUUUGGGGACCACAGCGCUCAAUGCUCGAUGCGUGGGGACGCAGAGCUGGGAGCUGUGGGGCCGUUCCUGCCUGUCCCAGUGACGCAGCUCUGGGGGUGGCUCAGGGCACCUGCCCCCAUCCUUGUGGCCACCGCAGCCCCAGGCCCUGACCCCUGGGCGGGCAGUGGUUCCGGGCUGCCGCUGCUGUGGUCUUGUAGCAGUUUUGUACCCCAGAGCCCCAGGGUAGGGAUGUGCCCCAGGGCAGGGAUGUGCCCCUCCACCCCGCAGGGCUCAAUGAUGGGGGCUGCUCUGCAGGGAGAGCACUGGGACCCUCCUGGGGACCCCCAUGGUCCUGUUGUGGGGCAUCCCCACGGCCGCGCUCUGCCCGGCCCCCCUGUGUGCAGCACCGGACUGUCCAGGGACGGUUCUGCUGAUGUGUCACAUUUUCUGCAUUUCUUUCCUCAUUCCUCCGUCCGUGGAGACGUUUCUGGGAAUUGAAAGCUUCCUUCUGCCAGGUCCUGAGCGCUGCAGUGCCUCCACCCCAUAGCACGGCCCCACAGCACAGCCCCAUACCGGCACCGGGAGGGGAUUCUGGGGGGGCUCUGGGGCUCUGCAGGUGCCUGGGCAGGGGGCGGUGGGGCUGUGACUCCUGGUGCCCCCUCUCAGCCCUUCGUCCCAUGGCAGCAUGGGGUCAGUGCCCGCCCCAUGUCCCUCCUUCUGCUCCCCCCACGGCUGGCCUUUGCCCCGCAGCCCUGUCCUUGUACCCACAUCCCAUGGCAAACAGCAGAGGCCGGCACGGGGCUGGGAGGAGCGCGGGGAUGAGCCGGGGGAGUCCUGGGGCGGGCGGGGGAGGAGGACCCUGGCUGCGCUCAGGUUGUGUCCCCGGGGCCCUAUCCCACGGCGGAAGGCCCAUCCCGGUGUCACGGAUCCGCUUGGCACCGUGUCCUGGAGGAGCCGCAUCCUGCCCAGCCCCGCAGGAAGAGCAGAGAGCGGUGGGAGCGGGACCGUGUGCUCAGCAGCCACCGGGGUCAGCACGGCCCGAGGCAGCGCUGUGCCCCCGCUCACCCCAUGUCCCGCAGAUGCCCCACACGCGCUGUCCCCGGGGGCUCUGAGCACCACCAUGGAGAGCCGCAAGCAGGACAUGGAGCUGCUGAGCAACAGCAUGGCUGCGUACGCACACAUCCGAGCCAACCCUGAGAGCUUCGGGCUGUACUUCGUGCUGGGCGUCUGCUUCGGGCUUGUGCUGACGCUGUGCCUGCUCCUGCUGCGCAUCUCCUGCCGGCCCCGCACGCAGCGCACGGCCCGGCCCGGCCCCGCCGACCUCAGCGAGGAUGACGACGACGAUGAGGAUGAAGAGGAGGACACGGUGGACCGCGCCGCCUCCGAGUCUCUGCUGCCGAUGACCGAGAUCCCCCCCGAGUGCCACGGCCCCGGGGACGGCGCGGUGCCCAUCAACGUCUUCGCGUCGGCCGAGGAGUUGGAGCGGGCGCAGCGCCUGGAGGAGCGGGAGCGGAUCAUCCGCGAGAUCUGGCGCAACGGGCAGCCCGACCUGCUGGGCGCCGGCACGCUGGGCCGCGGGCACUACUACUGAGCCGUGCCCCGAGGCACAGGGGACCCAGCCGGAGCGCGGCGGCACCCCCGGUGUUUCCUCGCCCCGGUGCUGCGGGACACGAUGCACUUUGAGCCAUCGGUACGAAUCCAGGCGGGGGCUGAGCAGCCCCAAGGACGAGCACAGGGCUCCCCCGGGCUGCCCCCAGCACCGUGCUCUCCUGCCCGGUUCCCAAUCCUGUUUCCAUUCCCGCUGCCUUUGGCCGUGGCCUUUCCGGCACCGCCCGGCCCAGCGCAGUGCCGGAUGUUUCCCGGUGGGGUCGGAGCUGCUCACGCUCCCCCCCCCCCAGACCUUGGUGCUCCGGGCCCCGCUGUCCCCUCCCUUCGUCUCUACAAAAAUAGCUCCUUCCCAGCCCAGCCCCGCCGGAUCCAGAUGUUUUCCAGAUGUUCUCCCAGUCCCACGCCAGCGGCGCGAGGCCAAACUGUGCCGAGGGCUGGGGAUGGGAAACGGCGCGGGGGUGGUGAGGAGGAGGAGGAGGAAGAGCCGCAGAUCCCUGCUCUGCUCCUGGACAGGGAUGGGGUGCGGGGCUGUGGGGGCCCUGCACUGCCCCAGCAGUGACUCCCAGCUUCAGUGGGGGACGCUCAGCCAUGAAACCACAGCAGGGGCUGAGAGCCCCAACGCUGAGCACACGGCACCUGGGGCUGUGCUGGGGUUCCUGUGCAGAGCAGCAGAGGGGUCACGGGGGGGCUCCUGCACUGCAGCAGUGAAUGCUCCUUCAGGAGAGGGACCUUGAAGUUAGUGACACUGAACCGAGGGAAAAGCAGAGGGAGGCGGUGCAGCCACGGCCCAAACCCCGCUGCCAAACCUGGAGCAGAGGGAGGAGCGGUUUCCUCCCCAGGCUGCCCCAGUGAGGCUGAAGGGGCAGCGAACACUGAGCUCCUUUUGUCCCACUUUGGUUCAAGGGCUCAGAUUCCAGUGCAAAGGAAAACCCAGCCCGCCAACCCAGCCCAGCACCAACCAGCACCAGCACCGCCCUCCACCCACCACGGCCCCUGCGCAGAGGGAGCAGGGGAAAAACCUUUCCUGUCCCCCACCAGCAAAGGCAGGGACCAAUGCACUCCCUCGCAGUCAAUGGGCAGAGAGGUUUAGUGCCAGAAUAAAGCAAGGAGGGCUGCCAGGAGCAGCAGGCGGCUGCGGGGAGCACUGGGGUGCUCACAACCCCCCCAUGACUGAGCUGGGCUCCUGGGGCUCCCCGCAGCGCAGAGGGAGACAAACAGAGAACGAAGCCGUUACACCUACUCAUUUUAUUGUGUUUUAUUUGCAUAAACAAACGUCGGGGUUCGCUAAGGAGGAGCUGUUCAAGUCAAAACAAACCGAACUCUACUUGGUGUGUGCGGGGGGGUGAGCACA